UUGAUUAAUUAACCAAAUUAAUUAAUUAAUUCAUUCAUUCAUUAAACUUGAAUUUGCCCUUUACUAAUGUUCACCCCCACCCCCCGUAACUUGUCACCUCCCUGUACUGUAUGGGUUUUAACUUCCUGAAUAUUUGUCACCUCCCUGUACUGUGUGGGUUUUAACUUCUUGAAUAUUACUUGUCACCUCCCUGUACUGUAUGGGUUUUAGUUUCUUGAAUACCGGUCAAAUAGAUACUGUCUCAAUUCCUGCCCCAUGAAAGCCAUUUUUAACAUGUUUUGUAUGCAUAGCGCGGUCGUAAAUGAACAAGGGACCAGACUAAAAACAUAUCAGCGAUAACUUGUGUUGUUAGGCAGAAAAUUCUGGUUCAAACUUUUUGAGAGAAAUAAAUAUUGUAGAAUGUCUGCAAAAGGCCGAAAUUCCCGCUCGGCUCCUUCGAAUAUUUUGAACAAGAAGAUUCCAGAAAAUCCAAGGUACAAAGAUGUCAAAUCAACAUUAGAUACCGGUGCCAGCAUGUCUAAAUACAUGGCCAAGAUUGAAGAAAUCAGAAAGAAUUACAGAUAUAAAAAGGAUGAGAUUUUCAAGAGGAUGAAAGUGACCACAUUCGUUCAAUUGGUUUUACAAGUCCAAGCCUACCAGAGGAAAGAAGAACAAGUGUCACGAUAUCUAGAGUCCCAAGCAACAAAUCCAGAGCUCACAAACUUUAGGAAUGGAGGAGGGGAUAGUCCUGUCCCUUCACUGGCUCUGACUGAAGGGGACUUUGGGGAGGAGGGUGAAAUAUCAACAUCAAGGUCAACAUUACAGAGUGUGAUUAAAGGCAUCGGUGAGUUUGACAUUGACAGCAACUCCGUUCCAGCAACACCCGCUUCGGCCGUUCCCAAUCCAGAGGAGUCUGAAAGUCCUUACUUACUCUUGGAUCUAAGAGACAGUGAUGUGUAUGACCAAUGCCACAUCAUUACAGCUAAGAACUAUCCGACUGCUAUGUUGUCAAGAUCCGUCAACAAUUUCAGCAAAGACAUCAUUUCCUAUAAGAAUAAGCCUGGUAAGAUCAUCGUACUGUAUGAUGAGGAUGAGAGGAUUGGUCCAAUGGCAGCUACUACGUUUGUGGAGAGAGAUUUCAACAACACUUUCCUCUUAUCUGGAGGUUUGAAGUUAGCCGUUCAGAAGUUUCCAACAGGUCUUGUCACAGGGACGAUACCAGCAUCAUGUAGAGCUCCCCUUCCAACCCAAGCAGGCAAGAAGAAGCCUAAAGAACGCCCUGCUGAACCCAUCAGGCCCGCUGAACACACAAUGUUUACAGAGGAACAUCUUGACAAUCUUCUGAUGCAUCUGGAUAAUUGCCUGGCUCCAAGUGACACUGGAAGUCGGUUAAGUCGUCCCGCUCCCAGGGCCAGCUCCUCCUCCACUGUUUCCUCAUCGGCAAGAUCAUCAUCAUCUGCAGUUCAUUCUAGCCACUGGAAAUAGAACAGCAAGAUGAAACCUACCCACUGGAGAGAAAACAGCCAAAUGACUAUUAACCAUGAAGUGGUUGAGACAAAAUGAAACACAACCCUCUUGGAUUUGGAACAGCCAAAAAAGGUGCACAUGCCCCCCUUGGAAAUUUUUUUUUUUUUUUAAUUGCAUUUCAUUCAGGCAACUCAUGGCCCAA